CGGCGCUGCGCGUGGCCUGGGCGCGCUCGCUCCCACAGACUCUCGUCUUCUGCUGGAGCAGCAUCACUUCUGCGGCGCAGGGUUCAAGUGACCCACGCUCCUCUACGCUGCGGGGAAACAGAGCUGCGCGAUAAGAAUUUGUUUUAAUUACUACGGAAAGUGAAAAGCCCCGGUCGAUCAGCUGACGAGGAACGGAACCCACACACACACCAGAGGGGAUUUGACGGGAUUUAUUUGGAGGAUGUGCGGCGGCGACGUGGACCUGGACGACGGCGGCGGCGCGGGCGAGGAGGAGAAGGAGGAGGAGCUGUGGGUGGGGGAGGGGGUGAAGAUGCUGGCGGCGCCGCCGGUGGCCCGCAGCGGCGGCGGCGCGUGGGGCAGCCGCCGCGGCCGCUGCGGCUGCGUGGCCUGGGGGGCGCUGCUCGUCCUCUGGAACCUCGGCGUGGCCGCGGCCGGCGCCGGGCUCCUGGCCGCCGUCUUCGCCGCGGUGCUGCUGCCUGCGGUGCUGCUGCUCUACGCCGGCUUCCUCUGCCACUCCAGGGUCCUCAACGCCUCCUCUGCCAUAUGUCAGUACCUGGACGACAACAGCUGCUCGGCGCUCAUCAUCCUGGGCUUCGUGAUGAUGUCGCCGCUGGUGGUGGCGGCAGCCGCGGUGUUCUGCGGGCUGCUCCGGAGGUCCCGACUGCUGCUCUACAUCCAGCCCAUGGCGCGCGCCUGGUACCGAGGGCGGCUGCUGGACGGGGUGGGCAGCGUCCACGCGUGGGUGUGAGGCGGGUGGAGGAGUCAGGAGAGAGGGGGUCAUCAGAAAGGAAGUGGGGGUUAUAGUGGAACAAUGUGGAACACACUAUAAUACAGUAGAAUAGAGUCAGUCCUCAUUGCAGGGUUUGUCAGACAAAGAGGGUUGAGGGGGGAAAUCUAUUGAUAAGUCUUUUAUUUUUGGAUCCCCUGCACAUAAUUGUGGCUGAAUAGAAAACAUGAUCUUGCUUAGUUCUAGCGUAGCGGGUUUCACCUCGAUUGAAUUUGGCUUUAAAUUAGAAACCAGCUCAGUUUCAGAAUCAUAAACAUCAUUUUUAUACUUUCUCUCUGUAUACAAAGAUCCCAAAGAUGAUAAAACUCACAAACGAUCAAAAUGCAAAACUCAAAGCUGUGAUGUGGAAAGAAUUUGGGACAACAGUGUUCAGUUAGACGGGUUUGUUAAACCUUUUGUAUUGACGUGUCAGUACUUGUGUUUGCACAUUAGAAGUGUAGUGAAAAGUGACUGGGCCCAUGUAACAAAAGGACACAGACUCAGACGUUUGUACUUGAACUCGUCCGUCAGAUGUAGCAUGAGUCCUGUCUCCAGUCCCCUUUGUUGCUGGCGGCGCCGGCAGGUAGAAGCUGCUCAGUUCAACUUCCAGCCCAUUUAAAUCCAUCAGCGCAUCCUCGCUCACAUAUUCAGUGCUCAGGUUCGAGGUUUCAUUGAGGAGGAGCGUCUCCUGCUCAAACCCGCUCGCUCUCCUCCACACGCGCGUCCGUCUGCUCUGUGUCAUUCGUCAGAGUGACGGAGCCCCGUUGGGCAUUUAUUUAUUUAAUUGUGCUGAUUGUAUGCCAGUAAAUACCACACAGGAAAUAAGUGACUGGAAAGGUUACAGCGGCUCAUUAUUUGCCAUGGCUUAUUUGUCUGUUAAGCGUUCCGCUUGAGUGGAAAGGCGACGCGCGGAUCGUUAAUAAAAGCAGGACUUCUUUUUUUUCUCAGUGUC